AACACUGUGGAAUGAUGUGGAGAUUGCCAUGUUGAAAAAAUAACGAUAGGAAAAUCUUGCGCUCUUGCACCAACACAACGUAAACAUCAGUUAAUCUGUUCGGCCGGACACCAUUCCCUGGCGACGGAGACUCGUUUACCCGGGUAUGUCGGAUCCAGGGGGCCAGGCGAAACGGCCGUGGAAGAAGCACAUUGCGGACCAGCUGAAGCAGAGGGACCGGGUGCAGAGGCAGGCCUUCGAGGAGAUCAUCCACCAAUAUAAUCGGCUCCUCGAGAAAUCUGACCUACAGGCUGUCUGGUCAGAGAGACUCCAGACUGACAAGUUUGACCAUCAGAACAGACAUGACCUCAGCCCUGCGGCAGAAGCGGGUCGUGGGGACGCACUGCUGCAGGAGAUGGCUCAGAUCCGCAUCCGGCACCAGGAGGAGCUGACCGAGCUGCACAAGAAGAGAGGAGAGCUGGCCCAGAAUGUGAUAGAACUCAAUAACCUGAUCCAGCUGAAGGACAAGGAGAUUCAGACCAAUGAGGCUCAGAUACUGCAGUACCAGCGGCGCAUCUCUGAGCUGGAGGCGGAGUGCCGGGGCCUGGGCGGCAGCCUGCAGGACCUGGAGCGGGCCAAUCAGACGCUGCGGGACGAGUACGACGCCCUGCAGAUCACCUUCGGCGCGCUGGAGGAGAAGCUGCGCCGCGCCACCGAGGACAACCAGGAGCUGGUCUCCCGCUGGAUGGCCGAGAAGGCCCAGGAGGCCAACCUCCUCAACGCAGAGAACGAGAAGGACAUCAGGUUGAGAGAGGGAGUGACAGUGUGUGUAUUUGUGUCUGUGUGUUUUUAUGAGCAGUACAGUGUGCGUAUGUUUGAGAGAGAGGGGGGCUUGUUGCACAGGACUGAUGUAUACUUCAGUGACGGUUGUGUCCCCUACAGGGAUGACGACAUUGAGGUCCUGCAGGUGCUGCAGGAGGACACGGCAGAGGCGACAGGUGACACCUCACCUGGGCGGGCGAUUAGCCGCACCCCCAGUCGCCGUGUCUCCAGAUCGCCCCCUGGUGGAAUCCUGGACUCCCUCUCGCACAUCUUUGGAAGGCGGCGCUCUGUCAGUCUCUCUCUGGAUGCUGCUGAGACAGAGAGGUCCUCAGCGGUGUGUACUGAGGUGUGCCUCCCCACCACUGCCCUGCACACCUUCGAUGCUCAUGACGGAGAGGUGAAUGCCGUGUGCUUCAGCCCUGGGUCUCGUGUCCUAGCAACAGGGGGGAUGGACCGCAGGGUCAAACUGUGGGAGGUGGUGUCAGGACACUGUCAGAUUAAAGGUUCUUUGCUGGGCAGUAAUGCUGGGAUCACUAGCAUCGAGUUUGACAGUGCAGGCUCCUAUUUGCUGGCUGCCUCCAAUGACUUUGCCAGCAGGAUGUGGACUGUAGAUGACUACAGACUCAGACACACCCUCACGGGACACAGCGGGAAGGUGCUGGCCGCUCGCUUCCUCCUGGACAACGCCCGAAUCGUGUCCGGGAGCUACGACCGCACCCUCAAACUCUGGGACCUGCGGAGUAAAGUCUGUAUGAAGACAGUAUUUGCUGGCUCCAGCUGUAAUGACAUCGUUUGUACGGAGCAGUGCGUAAUGAGUGGUCACUUUGAUAAGAAAGUGCGCUUUUGGGACAUCAGGGCGGAGAGCAUUGUGCGAGAGCUGGAGCUGCUGGGCCGGGUCACCUCUCUGGACCUGAGCCACGACCGGACGCAGCUGCUCACCUGUUCCCGUGACGACCUGCUGAAGAUCAUCGACCUGCGCAGCAACGCCGUCAGGCAGACCUUCAGUGCUCAGGGGUUCAAGUGUGGAGCAGACUGGACAAGGGUAACAUUCAGUCCUGAUGGCUCGUAUGUAGCCGCUGGCUCAGCAGAUGGGACCCUGUUUGUGUGGAAUGUGCUGACGGGGAAGUUGGACCGAACUCUGGACAAGCAGCACAGUUCGGCCAUCAACGCUGUGGCCUGGUCACCGUCGGGAGCCCAUGUGGUCAGCGUGGACAAGGGAAGCAAGGCUGUGCUGUGGUCUGACAUCUGAUUGGCCGACGGACCGACCCGUCCCGCCCACCUGUGGGGUGCCAACUCCUGAUUGGUCAGCUGAGAAAUGGUGGAACGAUUGUGUCCAUAUUUGUCACAGUCACAGCCCCCCUAAAUCUAAAGUCAAAAAUAGGAGGGACCCCAACCCCCCCGUGCGACCACAGUAAGGAGCAGGAAUGGGGGCCGAGUGUCAUGUGACACGCACAGUGGGGAGCUGUACUGGGAGGGGCCGUAGGCUCCCACAGUGCACUGCAGCUGGCCAGUCCUGCUCUCCAUUAGGGCUGAUUUAUACUGCCCCGCGGAGUAGCCAAUCAACGCUAAGCUCCUGAAUUCAGGAAGUGUGCGUUGGAGCGUUCUAGCCUGAGGAGAGAGUGUGUUAAUUAUGCAGUAAUGACUGCCAGCCGUUCAGAGAGUCAUAAAGACCUGACACAGAGCUUGUCUCCGUGCACGACGGGCCGUCCUGCAUUAAAUCCGACAAUUGGCUGCUUCCUGGCCGAGCUACACUACAGAUAAGUGCACUGGGCCCAGGCUGCCCCUGUCUUUACCCGUAUGGUGUUGGGCUCAGUAAUGAAGCUGCACGCGCGGUGCUGCGUUUUUUUUCUCCACACGAAGGGCUGUGUGGUCCUCUCUGUGACGAGCGGUCUGAGUGGUGUAAAUCAGCCUUUGCUGUGCGGAGCAGUGGGGCUGAACAGAGGGAUGGUUGUCCGGUAGAAACCCCUGGAACACCUGGAGUCCUUUGCAGUGAGAGAGAAAAUAGAUCGAAAAUGUAUACUUUUACUAUAUAUGUUUACAUGUCAAUAAUAUGCAUAUCAGACUGUUAAGAUGUAUUUUGUGCUGUAUCUUUUUGACAAAAGUUGUACUUUGGACAUUCUUAUCUUGAUUUGUUUUUGUUUGCCUUUAUCUUGAUGUGUGUCGUGCUGUCUCACCUCGUCUCUUUCGACCAUCUGCAGUUCCUCCUCCUGGCCUACAGGAGGCGCUGCAGUGGAGUUUGGUUAUGGUUUCUCUGGCCUUAUUUAAACGGGGCUGGUUUGGCCUGUGCAUGUGGGCCUUUGUGGAGCUCAAACGCAGGCGCCUUUGUGAAUCUAAACCAGAUACUUAUCUGAGUAGGAGAGAAUCUUGGAUAAGUUUAACCUUUUUUUUACAUCAGUGCGGUUUGGUUCUUUGGUGGGUGAACCUCAUAGAUACCGACGCGUGAACAGUGUUUUCAUUGAGCUUUUUUCUUUUUUGUUUUCAGAAUCAUUCCACACGUGGCUCUGUUUUGCAAGCUGGCCAUGUUUUUAACCGACAGUAACGUUAAUGUGAAUGACGACAAGCCCCGCCCACCCCCCUCUAUUACCCAUUUACAGCAUUAGCCUAGGUAACGUUGGUAAUCCUUUAUUUUGAACCCGUUUGAGAAUUUAAAAAAAAAAAGAAAACAUUUGGCAUUUGACAUGCGUUCUCACGACUGGCAAUCGACAAAUCCACAAACUGUUCACGUCCCUAGUCCAUUUUACCUCAAAAUGUGGUUUUCCUAAAUAUCACACCAGUCAGGCAAACAAAAUGUCUCACCUACAGUUCUGGAGAAACAACUGCUUACUUUCAGUCUGGAGCUUUUACGCCGGCGCGCAAGAAAUUAUUUACAGAGAAACCAAUGGAUAAAACCCUGGGUGUUGAAAUACGGAAUCUGGAAAUAGCAGUUUCACAAGAAAAAUGAUGUUGUGACACUCGUUCCGGCCUGGUCUUGCCAGACAUGUUCACAUCAGCUCCAGUGGAACAGAUGGAGGCAACAGCGUGCUGUUCUGGCUAACUAAAUGGUAAACGGACUGCAUUUAUAUAGCGCUUUUAUUCAAAGCGCUUUACAGUUGAUGCCUCACAUUCACCAGGGCAAUUAGGGGGGUUAGGUGUCUUGUUCAGGGACACUUCGACACGCCCAGGGUAGGGGGAUCGAACCGGCAACCCUCCGACUGCCAAACAACCGCUCUUACCCUCCUGAGCUACGUCGCCCCCCCUAAGAGUGUAAAGUGUGCAGGGCACAAGUGUGCUUGUGAUUUGUGUUAUUGUUAGUAAUUGUUAGUAAUUUGUGCUAUUUGUCUGUAGGAAAGGUUUUAGCAUUAGACUAACAAGGUGUGGUGCAGUCCUGCAUUCUGGGGUUGCAGAUCCUCUACGAUGGUUUACAGCAGAAGCUUGUUUUUAUGAAACUGGCAUGGGCAUAACGAGAGAUUGUGUGUGUGUGUGUGUGUGUGUGUGUGUGCGCCUGUGUCGUGUUUGAGUGUGCCCAUGCGUGCGUUGUGUGUGAGAAUUGGAAUCGGAUUUAUUGGCCGAGUAAAUUUGCACAAAGAAAGAAUUUAACUCACAUUGGCUCACAUAGGUCAUACUAAACAAUACACGGCAUCUGCAGAAGGUGAGGAGCUUAGGAGUAACUAAGUGGGUGCCUACGUAUGUGUGUGAGGGUCUUGUGUUUGAGUGAGGUUGUGACUGUGUUGCGUUCGAGUGAACGCCUAACGUGUGUCGUGCGUGAGUGAGUGAGUGCGUAUCGUCUCCUUGUGCGUUGAAGGUGAAACUGUCUUUUGUUAUUUAUUCUUGUAUUUAUUGGCUGGCUGGGCAGCUCCCAUGAGCCUCUGCUUCACGCGGUCAGAGGUCCAUGUUCGGCUCCUCCGGUCUCUGUUUACAUGUGCCUGACCCAGAGAGGCGGGAGCCGGGAGCAGGUGCGUUUUGGCUGUGUAAGGACACCUUGUGGUGAAUGGUGUGUGUGCACACACUUGGACGGACGGCUCUGGCGUGCCCAUUUCCUGCAUCACAUUACCCAUCCUGCAGUGGCAGUGGAGCGGUUUUUUUUAUUGUUUUUUUUUUUUUUCCAUUUAUUUGGGUCACAGCCUCUGGCUUCCGAUUGGGCAGCUGUCCGCUCGGGCCCAUUGGCUGUGGCCGGUGUGUGACGGGGCGUGGUCAUUUCCUGUCUUUUAGGUAUGGCCACUGAGCAUCACUACUCCCUGUCGUGGGUCAGAACAGGGAACGUCUGGCCGCGUCUGUUCCUCUGUGCGUACUGAUGUAAUAAACCAUUUCUGAGACUAA